AGCCUGGGCGCUUUCAGGUUAAAGAUGCUCUGCUUCCACAUUGCAAUGCUCACCCUCCCUUGCCCCCGAGUAGAUCUGUUGGGGCUUUUUGAGGGACUCUGUUGUGCACAUCCAAAAGGUUCCCGAUGGCGGCCUUCAUACCAGUCAGCGCAAGGUGAGGACCGGAAAGGUGUUUACUUCUGAGCCGCUAGCUAGAGGGGACCAGCUGUUCCAUGCCUCCACGACCACAUAUGUGAUCAGGAACUUCUGCAAGAGUAACGUGGUCCUGUACCUGGGGAAGAAGGUUUUUUUAUCCAAGGACAACUUUGAGAGUAGCCUCCCGCCACUCAUCAUUCCCAAGUCAAUGCUGGUGGGAGUAGCAUCAGUCACGAGCGCUUUCUUUGCCUCUGGUACUGUGCUACUGUUGGUGGUGAAUGAGAAAAUCUACUCUUACAAUUACCUUACGAACGUCUGGAGUAAACCUGCAGGUAUAUCAAGUCCCGUCUCACAUAUUAGUGGUGACAGUUGUUGUUUUAAUAACCAGUUUUGCACGGAGUUAUCGAAUAGUCUUUUCGCCUAUUUUCGUGGUGGCCAACUGCCUUGGACCCCAAUAUACUUCUCUGACAAUGGAGGAUUCUCGUUCCAGCACCUGGCCAGAGAGAGAGUGGACAGAUUUAACGGAACAUUAGGAGGCAUUUUCUACUUCCACUCCAUGUCUCAGGUGGGGGUCCUCGAGGUUAUAAAAGAUCUGGGUAUGUUUCAUUACUUGGAGCACCCCCUGAACAACAGUGCAGGGAUACCCUUUGAGUACAAGGAACCUCUUGACGUCAUCAUCAAGACAGGCCACAGGGGAUUCCUGAUCCUCUGGAGUCAGCUAAGCCUGUUGGUGUCCCCCAAUGCAGGCCAGAUCAUAGACACCGUGCAGCUGUGGAAAGGGCGGAAACGGCUCACCUCGGAUAUCUGCACCAAUGGCAUCACCAUCCACAGCAUUGCUUCGAAUAUGUAUGAGCUGGCGCUGCUGACAGAGGAAAGGAAUCUGUAUUAUGGGAGUCAGGGUUACCUGGGAACCUCCCUAGUCCAGCUGUCGAAGAUGUCUCUACAGACUGAGGACACGAGCAUCUCAUUUACGGACACUGGCAUGCUGGAGAUCCUCACGGUGGUGGCUGACCCGCAGUUCCCCUCGUUUGACUUUCAGAAGUGCGUUGUGAACGUGCAGACUGUUCUCAUGAACCCCAGCUUUGACAUUGAAGAGUGCAAUGUGGAGCUCCUGGAAAGCAGCAUGAUAAAUCAGAUGUUCACCAUAGACAUGAACAGCAAGCUGGACCUGUCUGCACUCAUGAUACCUCGGCCAGGCAAGACUCCCAUACCACUGGUGAUGGUCAGCAACCCCCAUUCCCUCGGGUUUGAGGCACACAUCAUUGAGUUUGGCAACACGUUCGAUGGCAACUAUAAGUACAAACUGGAAAUUGAACUCCAACAACAGCACCACUGGGGCAUUGCAGACACCAACUUCACCGCCAGCAUCAAGCGCAAUGCCAUCUCCUCCGUAACCGUGGACAUAGCCGACAAGACGAUUGCGUGCGUGGACCUGAAGCCCCUGUCCACGCUCAUCUCAGUUGGCUGUGACCAGACCAAGAAGAUUCUUGUGCAGAACAAAAUCUCCGCCUGUUCCAUGGGAAUCCUCAACCCAGUGGAGUUGCAGGGAAACUACACUUACACCAUUGAGAAGGAAGCGUACUACCCAAUAAACCACAACGCCGGCGCCCGGGAUGACCUGCUGGUGUAUUACCAGUACAAGGACCUGGGCUGCCCUCGCCUGGUCUACUACGACAAGCCAUGGAAGCCUGUGGUGGAAGUGUGGAAGAAUGGGAUUCUAGAAGAAAUCAUGAAUGCCGAGUAUGUGAUCACGGAGGUCAACGGGAUAGUCACCUACUCGUACUCCCUGACGGCUGCCACUGCUAACUGCCGGUCACAGCCUCAGAACUGGAGUACCUUCCAGACAAAUCUGGGCAAUGUAGACCAAAUGUCCAUCUGGAACAGAGAGAACUAUGUCAGCUGCCACGAGGACAACAAGGACAACCCUCUGCUGUGGCCAGAGGCCGAGUAUCAGAUCUUAGGUGGCCGGACGGACAAUAGGGUUAUUUUUGGCCAAAGAAAUGGGAUCUACACCUUCCUUCUGUCUGUGGUGGAUCCAUACUACAGCUACUGCAGCCUGGACACCAUGUUCAGCGUGUACGUGUACGGGGCCCUACCCAUGGCCAUGUUCCCACCGGUGCUCAGUAUCACGCUGCUUGUCAUGACCGCGCUGCUGAGCACGUGGCUGGCCUAUGCCAUUCCCAAGGAGCUGAACACAGAGAGGGGCCAGCGCUUCAAGAACUCCUGCUCCUGGCUGUUCCAGAGCUGCUGGGGGGCCUGCAGCUGUGACUGGGUGUCGGGCGGACUGCAACGGCGGCUGCGCUCCAGGAGGGUGAGUGACCAGCCAUCGAGAACCCCGAGUGGGCAGAGAGACCAGACGGACAGACUUUCAGAAGCGUCCAAACACACAGGGGCUUCAAUGAAGGAUCUCUGACCUCCAUGUGUGUUACACGUUGGCUCUUGUCCCAGUAAAUUGUUAACGAUAAA